AGGCUGGGUUCGGCUUUGUGAGCCCUUUGGCCUUCCACACUGCUGACUCUCCCCUCCUAGUCUCCUUCUGUCUCUGCGGUCAAACCGGCAGCCCGGAGUACUGAGAAAUAUGGCCGCCCCUCCAUCAUAUGCUGAUCUCGGCAAAGCAGCGAAGGACGUCUUUAACAAGGGAUACGGGUUUGGGCUGGUGAAGCUAGAUCUGAAGACCAAGUCAGCCAAUGGUGUGGAGUUCAAGACGAGCGGCUCGUCCAACACCGAGACAGGAAAAGUGAGUGCAAAUCUGGAGACCAAGUACAAAUGGGACGAAUACGGAGUGACCUUCACUGAGAAAUGGAGCACGAACAACACACUCGGGACUGAGAUCAGCGUCGAGGACCAGAUCGUUAAAGGACUGAAGGUGAUGUUCGACACGUCGUUCUCUCCAAACACAGGGAAGAAGAGCGGGAAAGUGCAGACGGCGUAUAAGUGCGAGUACGUCAACAUGGGCUGCGAUGUGGAUUUCGAUUUCUCCGGUGCGGUGGUUAAUGCCGCCGCUGUUCUGGGCUACGACUCCUGGCUCGCCGGCUUCCAGGCGACCUUUGACCCCACCAAGUCCAAAAUCACCCGCAACAACUUUGCCAUCGGAUACCGGGCGCGAGACUUCCAGUUACACACGCACGUAAACGACGGCUCUGAGUUUGGAGGCUCUGUGUAUCAGAAGCUGAGUGAUAAUCUGGAGACGGCGGUGAAUCUGGCCUGGACAGCCGGGAGCACCAACACGCGCUUUGGCAUCGCCGCCAAGUACACACUCGACUCCAACUCUUCUGUCAACGUUAAGGUGAAUAACUCCAGUCUGGUUGGAGUGGGAUACACACAGACUCUCAGACCAGGGGUGAAGCUGAUUCUCUCUGCGCUGGUUGAUGGGAAGAGCGUCAACGCUGGAGGUCAUAAACUGGGCCUGGGUUUCGAACUGGAGGCUUAAAUGUCCUCUGUGUGUACUAUGCAGAAGCAGAACAUCCUCACACACACACGCCAUCAUUCCUCUCAGCACUUUAGUUAUUCCUCCUAUAUUUAUUUAUUUCCUUCACACACACAGGACCUGGGUUCAUCUUUACCAUAUUCUCCCGAGUAUAAAAUGUUUUUUUCCUCCUCCGAAUGUGAUAUUUCUCCGACAUGCCUGUGUGCUGGUGUUUACAGUAGCCCUGCUGCUCCAGGAAUUACGGUAGUUCUCUGCCUUUAUGUGCUUCUCAGAUGUUGAAAUUAUGAAGUCGUUGCGUUAAAGUGCACGGCUGGUUCGCUAGCCUGAUCGUCCUAUUUAUUAGCUUUGUGUUAACAUGUCGCUGUGAUGAUUAGCGUUAUUGUAAUUCUUAAAGACCGAAUAAGGAACAGGCAACACUAACAGGACAAACACUAAACUGUGCUGCGGCAGUAGGGGGCGCUGAAGCACUUUUUUCUGAAAUAAGACACCAAACUAUUUUUACACUUAUAGUCUGGAGAAUACGGUAAACACUAAGCUCUUGUGACUGAAUACUGAGUUACUGAAUAAAUCACACUGAAGCUGGUA